AUGCAGGUCAUCAUCGCCGGAUCCGGAGUGGCCGGUCUCAGCGCCGCCAUCUCCCUUCGUCGAUGCGGACAUUCUGUGACAAUUUACGAGCGAUCCUCACUGAAUCACGAGUUCGGGGCCGCUAUCAACGUGCCGCCUAAUGUCGCCCGCUUCCUGGUAGCAUGGGGACUUGAUGUUGUCGAGGCCCAGUUCGUCCCGUCCGAGUCCAUGUACAUCUUUUCGCCCACGCAGCGGGACAAGGUGCUGGCCUACUCCGACUUCAGGCACAACAUUAACAAGUACGGGGCACACUUGUAUUAUGCUCACCGCGUUGACCUACAUUCAAAUCUGAAACGCAUGGCUACAGCGCCGGAUGGGCCUGGGACGCCAGUCACGAUUAAGACUAAAUCUGAGGUUAUGGCCUAUGAUCCCGAGACUCCCUCCAUGACUCUCACAGAUGGCACCAUCCUCACCGGGGACUUGUUGAUCGGGGCUGAUGGGAUACACUCAAUAUCUGUUGCGGCCAUACUCGGCCAUCCGAACCCUCCCAAGCCUGCCCAGCACUCUAACUGCUGCUAUCGGUUCCUUAUCCCCAGAGCCCUCGUUGAAGACGACCCUGAGACUAGCUUCUUCACUAAGGGUCUGGUGGGUUUGCAGGGCCUCCGAAUCUGGCCGGAUGUCGCGGGGAAUAGGAGACUAGUCUACUAUCCGUGUCGAAAUACUCAAGUUCUCAACUUCACCAUCAUGUGUAGAAAUGAUGAGCUAGGUUCCGGCAAGGAAGACUGGAACACGCCAGCAACCAAGGAGGAAGUCUUAAAGGCGCUGGAAGGCUUUGAUCCUGGCCUCCUUUCAGUCGUUGGGAAAUGUCCAGAGUUCAAACGUUGGCCUCUCCAAUACCGUCCACCAAUUCCAACUUGGCACAAAGGAAACAUGGCUAUUGUUGGGGAUGCCGCUCACCCAAUGCUGCCGCAUCUGGGUCAGGGUGGAGCACAAGGCCUUGAAGACGGCCUCGCAAUCGGCCUCGUUAUGUCUGGAGCAACCAAGGCUGAAGUUCCGGAGCGAUUGGCCGUCUAUCAAAAAAUCAGGCACAAUCGCGCAUCUGCCAUCCAAAUUAUGAGCAACUACGGCUUCGACCAGAAGCCUCCUGGCGAAGUUUUGAACUAUUUAGAAGGCCAGGCAUUACCGAGUAAGUAUAGUCAUUUCUGA